GCCGCAGCCAUCACAAAUCGGCGUACUCACCGUUUUUCCCUUUAUGUUCUGUAACUUAUAUCUAUCACAUAAACCGCCGUGAGAAUACCGUCAUCGUUAAAAUAUUCAGUUUGUUCGAUUCAUCAAAUUUUUUCAACGAAAAAGUUGCAUAAGGUAAAGUUGUUAUGGACUGCCCCAAGCCAUCGUUCCUAAUUAGGGACUUGAUUGGAGACGUUUUGCAGACAUCCAAGUCGUCGGAUUUAUCAAGUGACGAUAGUACUGUGGACAUGGACGAUCAUACAACGACCGUCAGUAGUUUUGCAGUAUUGCCAUUGUUGAUGCAAAAACAUCAUCACAGUCAUUACCAUCAAUUUCACCAAGACAUGACUAAUGGUAAUAAAUCUUGUGGAAGAAAAGUUCGACGAAGACGAACCGCAUUUACACAUGCGCAGCUUGCGUUUUUGGAAAGAAAAUUCAGAUCACAGAAAUACUUAUCAGUAGCUGAUAGGAGUGAUGUGGCCGAAAUGUUGAAUUUAUCGGAGACUCAAGUAAAAACAUGGUAUCAAAAUCGAAGAACAAAAUGGAAGCGUCAAAAUCAGUUGCGUUUGGACCAACUCAGACAACAGUCUACCGAUCCGCCUGAUUGUGAAUUCGGUCAAAAGCAUCAUAGAUUACAUCCAGCAACAGAACAAGUACCUCUUGAAGCUCACCAGGAACACCGAGUGUUUUCUGUUACCAAUGAAUCGGAAGUUUCGGGCCCAGAAUUUUCUAGUUCAUUACCAGCGAGGUUCCUUGGGACUCCAUAUCAGGGCGCUGGUGGGGCACGAUGGAAUUUUUUAACUACGGCUGCUGCUUUAGUGCGGAAUGUAUCUUACGUACAUGGUUGUCACAUGUAAUGAACAAUGAAUACAAAUCAUGUAACAGUGGGCUAUAGGAAUGGCGUGUUUUUCCUUUAGUUAUUUCAUCACCGUAUGAAAUCGAUUAUUGAUAGUACUCACAACACUUCAAGCAGGGAAAUUUGGAAAGUAAUAUUGAGGCAAUAUUCUUUACCAAAGAACCAGUAUAUUUAACAUGUGUAUAGAUCAUCUCUAUAGAUUUAUUAAAGAGAAUCUAAUCAAAGACAUUACUAUUAAAUUGAAAUUUAUUUUUAGUAUAAUUGUACAUUAUUAACAAUUUUAAGGAAGAUUAGAUCUCGUGUACUUUUUUUAGAUCUCUCACGUACAUGUAAAUUAAUUAUUUAAAUUAUAUAAACAUUGGAUUUAGAAAUUUUACACCACUUGAAAAUUAUUCUUUUAAGAUAUAAGGGUAAUGUUGAGACGUUAUAUCUAAUGUAUAUAGAAGUGAAAAAUUAUAACAUUUUAAAUAC